AUUAUUAUUAUUGUUAUUAUUCUUUUAUUUCUUACCUGCCUCUCCUUGUGGCUCAAGGCAGGUCACAGAUCCUGCUGAUGUCAUUACACAUGAGAAGUUGCCAACCACAGUAGCUCUUAAACUAUCUGCACUAAACAGAAAAACACUGUUUAAAUUCCUGUGCAACUGUGUGGGUGUGUGUAUGUGUACACACACACACACACACAGACUGUUUCCCCAAAAUUAAGACAGGGUCUUAAUAUUAAAUUUUGCUCCAAAAGAUGCAUUAGAGCUUGUUUUCAAGGGCAGUCUUAUUUUUCCAAAUUGACUUUUUAAAUGAAGUAUAUCAAGGGCUUAUUUUUGAAAUAGAACUUAUAUUUCAAGCAUCCUCAGAAAUGCUGAAAAUUCAUGAUAGGUCUUAUUUUCAGGAUAGAUCUUAUUUUGGGGAAAACGGUAUACACACAUAUAUAUAGUGGGGUGGUGGUGAAUGAUUGUGCUUCUAUCAGUGUUGAAAAUCUAUCAUAAUCCAGUAAAGCUUAUAUUGUUAUUUGGGUGUGGGAGCAAAGGAGAUACUUGAAGAUACAGUGAAUGGGGGAAAUAAAGAUGCUGAGGAUAGGUAGAACAAGACAACACCCAAUUCCAUUUCUCCCCUUGUGCCAAAGAAGCAUAAAGACAAAAUAGACAGAUUUAAUGGGCUACCAUCUUAUAUUAUUUUCUCUGAUGAUGCAUUUAUACAGUGACAUGUAAAUUGCAAAGAUUCCUGUGGCCCCUUACAAAGGGACAUUGCAAAUCCAAUGCAUAUCUGCUCAGAGGACCCACUAAAUUCAACUGGAUUUAUUUCUAGAUUAAGUGGUAGAAGAUGGGACAUUGUCACAAGCAUGGUUGGUGGGGACAAGGGACUCUCUCCCCAGGGAGAUUAGGUUAUCCCUCACCCUGUCCACCUUCUGGAAAAAAUUGAAGACUUGUAUGUUCCAAUGUGCCUUUGAAUAAUGGUUCAGCUACUGAUUAAGUCUGCCUAGCCCUAAUCUUUUGGUUAGGUCUCCAGCACUUUAUUCCCAGCCUGGCCCUACAGUUUGCAUUUACACAAGCCCUUGUCCUGCCCUAUUAGCCUCAAAUUUGCACAUGCCCUCUUUUCUUGCCUCUUGAUUGUUUGGUUUAUGCUUUAUUGUGUCUUACAUUUCAUUGGUUUUACUGUUUUAAUAUAUUUUACUGUUAAUAUGUUUUUAAUUGUGUUACUUUGUAACCUUUGUUCAUAUUGAGCUUGGUACCCAUGUAUGCUGCCCGGAGUCCCUUUGGGUAGGUGGAGGCAGGAUAUAAGAAUAAAGUUAUUAUUAUUGUAAAAGGCUCAGCAUUUGGUUCUUCAGGUAUCUUUGAUUGCAACUCCCAGAAGACCUAGCCAGCAUGGGCAUUGACUAGGGAUUCUAGAAGCUAAAAUCCAAACCAUCUGAAGAGCCAGAAGUUGAGAGUCAUUCAUUUAUACAUAAUCUAAUGGACAUCUAGACAACAGAGGUUAAUCCUUUUCAUAGAAUCAGUGUUAGAAGAGACCACAAGGGGCAUCCAGGCCAAUUCUUUUGUUGUCUUUGUUAAAACCCAAUGCCACAGCUAUUAUUUUAGAUUGGCACUCUUGUUUUGUUUGAGCAUGUGAUCUGCCAAAACUGUGUCUCUUAUGUAAUAAUCCAUACAUUUACUUCCUUUAUAGAAGCAGCGAUCUUCUUCGAUUGCUCAUUUCCUGAUGUGGACUAUUUUCCCCCAUAAAUUGAGUUACUUGUCAUGGAAAGAUGGGGCAUAUGACUGAUGUGCAAAAACUGAUGGGCGUCAGAUGUAUGCCCAUUUAGGGGGAAAAGAAGUGGAUGCAUAGACACUUUGCCACAGCCAGAAGACUUUAAAUAGCCGUCAGCUUCUGCAGCCCUGGUUAGAACAAUCUCUGUCUGUUGCAACACUAGCACUAGCUGCUGAUGGUGUAAACUGCGCUUUGCAAGGAAGAACGACAUUGCACUACAAGUUCUUCGCUGCUGUAUUGGUUCUGUAUUAUUUAUUUUGUUUCUGCAUUUUUCAAAGGGUUGCUUGCUAGGAAUGUGUGUGGGGACUUGUGCGCGGACCUUGGGUCCAGUCCUCCUGAUUUUGGGCCUUCUCUCCAUCAUUGCCAACCUUUUCCUGCUCUUCCCCAGCUGGAAAAGCCAUUACCUAAACAUGGGCCAGAUCGCUAAGAGAGCCAUGGUCAUGCCAGGGCUGUGGGGAGGAGGCUUGUUGGUUUUCCCCGCUGCAAUUCAGAUCACAAGCAUUGGAUGGAACUGGAGCUGCUGUAGCAGCUCUGGAAAUUGCCAAAAGAUGUUUCUCUCCAUUGUGUUAUCAGGACUGGCCUUGCUGGGAUCAGCUGCUUGUUUUAUUAUAUCGGGUGUGGGCUUGACAGAGGGACCUUUCUGUCUCUAUGUUUUCACCACCAGUCAAGGGAAGAGAAAGGAGUGGGGUUACCCAUUCAUUGACACAGGGGCUAAGAAUUACUUGUACGAUCCCUCUCUUUGGAAAUCUGUUUGCAUCGAGCCACAGAACAUUGUGGCCUGGAAUGUCUAUUUCUUCUCUGCCCUCCUUAUCAUCAGCGUUGUGGAGAUGAUCCUGGCUGCCCUCCUUAUCCUCAAUAGCUGCUUUGGAUGUUUCUGUGGUUUUUCUAAGAAGAAAUAGGUCUCAUUUCUGUGUUAUCUGUAAAGAAGAAGAAGCACUGUAUCUCAGAUAGCAAUUAGCCCACCCUUCAAGAGAAGGUAUAUAUAUUUCAUUGUCUUCCUGUCGUCAAUGAGACUGUAUGGUAGCCAAUGUCAGGAAAUUUAGACUGAAAUCAGAAACACUCAAAGAGCUCUUAUUGUACCACAGAGCUAAAAGCUGACUUGAGGUUACUGCUUAAGAUGUUUCUGAAAUAUUUAUUUAUUUAUA